AUGUCUGGAACGGCUGAGCACAUUACGACCGACGUCCUUUCGACGCGGGUCCCCGAGCAGGCCGUCAAUGACAAUGGCCGCAACUCCUUCGCCAUAGGCGAUGGGGCCAGCAAGCGCGGAACGUCCGUCGACGAAAAGCAACUGAACGUUGAGAUCCGGCGCGCCUCCACCGAAAACGAUGACCUCCACCCGGUCCCGACUGAGGAGGAGUUCAGGACCCUCAGGAGAGUGUCUGACAAGGUCCCCAUGGUCAUCUGGCUUCUCUGCCUGGUUGAAUUCUCUGAACGCGCUUCCUACUACGGAGCCAAGACGGUCUUCUCCAACUUCAUGCAGUACCCGCUGCCCAAGGGCGGAAAUGGCGCCGGUGCGCCCGCUGCCGGCACCCAGGGCACUGCAGGUGCACUUGGCAAGGGCAUUCAGUUUGCCAACGCCUUCGUCCUGCUUUUCGCUUUCAUGUCCUACGUUGUUCCCAUCUUCGGUGCAUGGAUUGCCGACACAAAAUGGGGCCGCUUCAAGACCAUCGUCAUCGGUGUUCUGGUCUGCUUCGUUGCCCAUGUCAUCAUGAUCUUCUCCGGCCUUCCCAGCGUCUUGCAGGCUGGCAAAGGCUUGGUCCCUUUCAUCAUCAGUUUGCUUGUCCUGGCCAUUGGUGCAGGUCUCUUCAAGCCCAAUGUCGCCCCUGUCCUUCUGGACCAAUAUGAGUACCAGAAACCUUUCACUCGCGUUUUGGAGUCAGGGGAGAAGGUCAUCGUCGAUCCUGAAUCAACCGUCCAACGCCUGAUGCUCAUUUUCUACGCCCUUAUCAACGUUGGCGCCUUCUUUGCCAUCGCCACAACUUAUGCUGAGAAGCGCAUCGGUUUCUGGCUGGCCUUCCUCCUGCCUACCAUCGUCUUCAUGCUUCUUCCCGUGCUCCUUGCCUACCUGUACAAAAAGCUGAUCAAGGUUAAACCGAGUGGUUCGGAACUCACCCACGCAUCCAAGGUCUGGGCCAUCGCUGUCAAGGAAAACGGCGGCAAAUUCUGGCGGAAGGGAUUCUGGGAUGCGGCCAAGCCUUCAGUGUUAGCCGCGAAAGGCAUAACCACUUUCGCUGGCAAGCCAAUCGACUGGAAUGACAAAUUCGUCGACGACGUCGUCCGUACCGUCGAUGCGUGCAUGAUCUUCCUGUAUUUCCCCAUCUACAACCUCAACGACGGUGGUAUUGGAAGCGUCCUGUCGAACCAAGGCUCCACCAUGACGACCAACGGCGCACCCAACGACCUCCUCGGCCACUUCAAUCCCAUCGUCAUCAUCGUCACGGUGCCGCUGCUCAGCCACGUCAUCUACCCGGGGCUGCGCAAAUACAACAUCCGCUUCGGUCGCAUCUCGCGCAUCACCUUCGGCUUCAUGCUGGCCGCCAUCUCGGGCGCCAUCGGCGCCAUCGUGCAGUGGCGCGUGUACGAGACGAACCCGUGCGGCUACCACGCCACGACGUGCGCUGAGGACGGCCGCGUCAGCCCGCUCAGCAUCUGGCUGCAGAUCCCCAACGUCGCCCUCGGCGCCCUGUCCGAGUGCUUCUGCAAUGUCACGGCCUAUGAGAUCGCCUACUCGCGCAGCCCUCAGGGCAUGAAGUCGCUCGUCAUGGCCAUCUUCCUCUUCAUGACGGCCCUGACGUCAGCUCUGGGCGAGAUUUUGACGCCGGUUAUUACGGAUCCUUAUCUCAUCUGGGUCUGGGCCGGUCCCGCCAUCGCCCUGUUCGUCCAGACAAUCAUCUUCUGGUUCAAGUAUAAGCAUAUCGAUAACGACGAGUUCAUGACUUACGAGGAUGAGAGCGCGGCUACGAGCGCCACCAAGGUUGCUGAGUCCGAUGAUGAGAAGAAGGUGUAA